UGGAUGUGAUGCUGUUUGUUGCCAGAGUUGGGUAGAUUAUUCCUGAAGAACAUGACGAAGACAGACAGCGGACUCUACAGAGCAAGAGCAAUAGAGGAUAGUAAUAAAUUAUUUGCUGAAUACAAAGUAUCUGUUAUAGAUGCUGUGGAGGCUCCUGUCCUGACUGUGAACUCAAACUGGUCCAGCAGUGAUUCCUGUACUGUGAGCAUCACAUGCAGAGUUCAUGAGCUCAUGAUUAACUCCAGCUAUCAGAACAACAGAUGCUCUCCAGAGGAAGUGACAUCACACAUCAACACUCUCAUCCUGGACUGCAGUGAGGAAUCCAUCAUCUGUUACCAUAGCAACCCUGUCAGCUGGAAACAAGACAGAAUAAACAUCAAACAGUUCUGUGUCAAUAUUAAAAAGAAAGAAAUACUGCAAAUCCAACUUAUUUCAAUAUUUCCCAUCAAUUUACUCUUUACUGUCAUCGCUAUGGCAGUGAUAGUGUUUGGUGGUUUGGCCCUUUACUGUUGCUGCAAGAAUAAAACAGUAAACUUACAUUCUGACCUCUCAGAUGCCAAACAAGCUGAUGAUACAGACUACGAUGAUGUUGAGACUCUGACCCAGAAGAUGACAGGAGAUACAUGGACCACCGUUACCUACUGUACAGUAGGACGAAACCAAACACCUUCUUCUUCUCAUGACCGCUGAAGACUCACAAACAGAGCUUAAAGCCUUAAUUCAGUUUCCAG